AUUUUGACAGAAGUGACACAAGCAGCAUAGACACAGCUACCCAGACCACAACCUGCCCAGCCCAAGAGAGAGCCCGAAACUGCUGCAUAUUUUCUCAGAAAAACCUAGGAAACUUCUUCAAAGAUCUGACAGAGGCACAGGAGUCCCCAAGUUCUCAUUUCUCAAAACCUUGGACCGAGGAGACUAACGACUCGUCUCCUGCAUUUCUCUCUCUCUCUCUCGCUCCCAGUAUGGCGGUGUGGGAUCUGUCAGUCACAGUAGAGGACCUGGGGUCUGAUGCGCCUCCUGUCACCCUCAGUGUGGCCUCUGACCUCCACGUCGGAGGGGUCAUCCUAAAGCUGGUGGAAAAGACACAGAUCAAGCGUGAUUGGUCGGACCAUGCACUGUGGUGGGAGCAGAAGCAGCGGUGGCUGCUGCGGACGGCCUGGACUCUGGAGAAAUAUGGUAUCCACGCCGACGCCAGGCUGGUCUUCAUGCCCCAACAUAAGCCCCUAAAGCUGUGUCUGCCCAACGGCAUUACCCUGAAGCUCCGAGCCUGCUUCUCCAACCCUGUCUUCCAGACUGUGAUGGGUAUCUGCAGAAUGCUCAAUAUCCGUCACCCCGAGGAGCUCUCGCUCCUUCGGCCCAUAGAGCAGAAAAAGAAGAAGAAAGAUAAAGACUCGGCUGAGGAGAUCUACGACCUGACCGAGGUGCCCCUCUCCUCGGUAUCCCGGCCCUGUCUCUAUAAUGGCAUGCCGGCUCAUUUCGCUGACUCAACACAGAUGGAGGCCAUCUACAAGAUGCUGUCAGUCACCCAGCCUCCCCCCGCCCCCGAGGUCAUAGCCAAGCAGUACCGCCCAGCCAGCGUAGUGGACAAGGCCCACAUCCAUGGCAGGUGGUUGGACUCAUCCCGUUGUCUUAUGCAGCAGGGAAUCCAAGAAAAUGACAGAGUCUGGCUUCGCUUCAAAUUCUAUGCCUUCUAUGACAUUGAACCCAAGUACGAUGUUGUGCGUCUGACCCAGCUGUAUGAGCAGGCGCGUUGGGCCAUCCUGCUGGAGGACAUCGACUGCACCGAGGAGGAGAUGAUGCUGUUUGGAGCCCUACAGUACCACAUCAGUAAGGUGUCUCAGUCAGAGCCCCAGAUGCUGAGUUCCAGUGCAGCUAUGGACGACCUGGAGUCCGCCCUUCAGUCCCUGGAGGUCAAGAUGGAGGGAGAGACCAGCACUGCAUCGGAGAUGCUGGAAUACAUGACGGCACCAGAACUCAACGACUAUCUGAAGAUAUUCAGGCCAAAGAGGCUGACUCUAAAGGGAUAUAAGCAGUACUGGUUCAAGUUCCAGGAUACCUCCAUCUCUUAUUUCAAGAGCAAAGAGGAGAGCAUCGGGGAGCCCAUUCAACAGAUUAACCUCAAAGGAUGUGAGGUGGCUCCAGACGUUAACGUGACAGCCCAGAAGUUCCUUAUCAGACUCCUCAUACCAGCGCCUGAGGGCAUGAAUGAGGUCUAUCUGCGCUGUGAAAACGAGCAGCAGUAUGCUCAAUGGAUGGCUGCGUGUCGACUGGGCUCCAAAGGCAAGACUCUGGCCGACAGCAGUUUCCAGAGCGAGAUCCAGAGCAUCCGCUCCUUCCUGGCAAUGCAAAAGACCAGCUCCAGUUCCCAUGGCAACGUACCUGCCAACGAUGAAAGCAUCAAUACUCACAGUCUGGUAUCGCCACGCUACCAUAAGAAGUACAAGACCAAACAGCUGACCCCUCGUAUCCUGGACGCAUACCAGAAUGUGGCUCAACUCUCAUUGACAGAUGCAUUGAUGCGCUUCCUGCAGAUCUGGCAAGCCCUGCCUGAUUUUGGACUCUCAUACGUCGUUGUCAGAUUUAAGGGCAGUCGAAAAGACGAGGUAAUGGGAAUUGCUCCCAACCGUCUGAUCCGCAUUGACCUGGGCGUGGGUGAUGUAGUGAAGACCUGGCGCUACAAUAACAUGAAGCAGUGGAACGUCAACUGGGACAUUCGACAGGUGGCCAUAGAGUUCGAAGGCAACGUCAACAUUGCUUUUGGCUGCGUGACGGCUGACUGCAAAAUCGUUCAUGAGUUUAUUGGAGGCUACAUUUUCAUGUCUACACGCAGUCGUGAGAAGAGCGACACUCUCAAUGAGGAGCUUUUCCACAAGCUGACCGGUGGCCAUGAAGCUCUUUAGGACUAAAACACACACAAAAGAUGGAUCCUUCACAGCCAGAUUUCCUGUGUGUGCGUCUCAACAGUGGAAACCAUCUGGAAUAGGAUUUUAUGUUACAUCCAGGCAACCACAAAAACAUCGGAACAAUACAACAAAUGGUCGAAAUAAGAUAUUCUGUUUAUGUAUAAAUGUGUUACAACCCGCCUACCUAGUCUGUCCAUCCAAGUUUUUAUAUAGCCUUUGUCAUAGACUACAUCAAUGGAUGGAUGACUUUACUUGUUCAGACAGUUCAAGACUCCUGUGGUCCUCAUGCUGACUUCCCCUUUACUUCAAGAUGGACUGCUGCUGGGCCAAACUGAUGGACAUCUGGUCCAGUAUCAGCAGGCUUGACAAUCAAACAAAGUCAUGUAAAAUGAACAGAUGUAUCAGCCAGCAGCAACUUUUCUUUUUGUUUGCCUCACAGUUUCCAGACUUCCUGUCACUCAGGAAAGAAAGCCUUGCUUUGUCCAGAGCUGCAGUUUUAUUGCCACUUUUAUUAGGGACCGAGCCAGCGACCGCUGGAGGUCCCUAUUGUUUUUGCUCGACUUCUUCUUCUUACCUAUUAUUAUUAUUUUUAGCCCCCUUUGACUGUCAAUUUUAUUUGGCAAAGUUGUCAGGCCUGGUGAAAAUGGGGAUAUUAUAUGCUUCCCUUUUGUGUCCGCCACUAGGUGGCGCUACUAUCAUAAAAAAUGCGUUUAGGCUAAUAACUUCUGCAUAGUUUGUCGCACAUUCAAAAACCUUGUAUCCACGCGUUCGGUGAAUGGAGUUGAAUCUCCCCAUAUAGGCCGCGCCCACUUCCACUUCCACUCCAAUUUUUUUUCGUUAGAGCGCGAAAUAUCCUUAAACUACUUUUUUGUGGUCCUCCUACACGCUUUGUCCGAUUCGUACAAAGUUUUUCACCUAGCACCUGGGGACCACCCUGGCAAAAAAAAGUAAUUCAAACAUUUUUGAAAUUUUAAAAAACAAGCACGCUAUAAAAUUAACACUUCCUGUACAUUUUUCGUCAAAAAAGGAAGCGGACCAUUUCUCCACACUGGUAUGUCCGAUUGACACCAAACUUAGGUCCAUAGUUCCCAAUGUCUUCCUUAAGCCUCGUGCAAAAUUUCAGACCAUCACCACUAGGUGGCGCUCUUUAAAAUGAAGAAGUUUAUAUCUCUAAAACGGUAUGUGUGAUUAAGAUGAAACUUGGUACGAUGCUUUCCCAUGGCUCCCUGAGGCUAACCUAAAAAAAGGACCAAAAAAAUACGCCACUAGGUGGCGCUCUUUUGGCAUGAUAAAUCACUGUGCGGAGGCCGUAAUAGUUAUGAAUAUGAAAUUCACAGGGCACGUGUAGAGUGGUGCCUGAAGCUCACAUACCAAAAAUCGUGUUUGUCAUGUUUGUAACGCCCCCUACAGGAUAAAAAAAACAGCAGCCCCGGCGCCACGUUUCACCGAUAUGUACGAAACUCGGUAGGCACGUGUAACAUGCCAGGACGUACAAAAAAGCCUCUUGGACCCAUACCCGAAACCCCACAGGAAGUCGGCCAUUUUGAUUUUGAUUUUCACUUUCGGCGAACUUUUCUCGUUGUAUUUGAACGAACUCCUCCUAGGGAAUUUAUCGGAUCUACUUCAAAAUUGGUCAGUACAGUCAAAAAAUGGUGCUGAUUAAAAGUUGUGCUAUUUGUGACUGUAUGUUUCACCGUGUGCCCGUGACGACGUGUCGAAUUCCACCGAUUGGCCAUCAAACAGAUAGAACUCAUAUCUUCAGUGUACAGUCCCACCCUGAACACGUCCUCAUAACUUCAGCGUACAUGAUCCAAUCUCAAUGAAACUUCACGUGUUUGAUAACAGUCCCACCCUGAACACGUCUACAUGACAAUAUUCAGACAUAGUGAUAGCGCCACACACUGGUAACAGGAAGUAUCACGUUUUAUACUUUCAUGUUCUACUGAAAUUUACUUAUAAAAUGCAAAACACAUUGUUGAUGACAUGUGUUGACUGUGUUGAGGGGGCGUGACGAAUUCGCUAAACCUUGAGUGUACAUUGUCCAAUCGGCUCCACACUUCAAAUGCUUGAUAACAGUCCCGCCUUGAACACGUGUACAGGACAGUAUUCAGACAUAGUGAUAGCACCACCUAUUGGCAACAGGAAGUAAGCGCUGCGUGGCGAUUUUGAGCUGAUUAACAGCAGAUUUUCAUGUUGUGGUCCGCACGUGUUACGACGGCACGCAACGCGGCUGCAGCACGCCCCGAGUUGCGUGGAGUGCGAGGUCCCGCCCAACGCUGCUUGCAGCUUUUAUUGUAGUUUGAAAUUUAUGGCACAUUACAACAGCCACAUUAUCGCAGCCAAGAAUCAACAAUGAGUAGAAAAUAUACCAGCUAAUAUGAAAUGUCAUCUCUUAUAUGAAGAACAAACAUUUAUUCAAAUAAAUAUAACAAUUCCAUUUUCA